CAAGGCUCAGUGCUGUGGCUGCUGCUGCUCUCAUCCAAGAACAAACUUGGUGAAGGAUUCCUCCCCCUCCGCACAGCAAUAAUAAUGACACAGCUGCAGUUUAAAGAUGCAUUUUGGUGCAAGGAGUUCACCUUCCACACUGGCUACGAGGUGCUCAUACAGCGGCUGUUGGAUGGGAGGAAGAUGUGCAAAGAUGUGGAGGAUUUGCUCAAGCAGAGAGCACAAGCAGAAGAGAGAUAUGGGAAAGAACUGAUUCAAAUCGCCCGAAAAGCAGGAGGACAAACAGAAAUCAACACAUUGAAGGCAGCAUUUGAGACUCUCAAGCAACAAAUCGAAAGUGUGGGAAACUCUCAUAUCCAGCUGGCAGUAAUGCUGAAGGAUGAACUGAAAGGAAUAGAGGAGUUCCGAGAAAGACAGAAGGAACAAAGAAAGAAGUAUGAGUCUGCAAUGGAGCGCAUACAAAAGAGCAAACUGUCCCAUUAUAAGAAAACAAUGGAGUCAAAGAAGACCUAUCAACAGAAGUGCAAGGAGGCGGAUGAGGCUGAGCAGUCCUUUGAACGGAUAAGUGCUUCAGGCAACCAAAAGCAAACAGAAAAGAGUCAGAACAAAGCCAAGCAAUGCAGAGAUGCAGCAAAUGAAGCAGAGAAUGUGUACAAACAGAACAUUGAACAGCUGGAUAAGGUCAGGACAGAGUGGGAACAGGAACAUAUCAAAACCUGUGAGGUCUUCCAGCUCCAGGAGUGCGACCGCAUCACCAUCCUCCGCAACUCGCUGUGGGUUCACUGCAACCAGCUCUCCAUGCAGUGUGUGAAGGAUGAUGAGCUAUAUGAAGAGGUUCGGGUAAGCUUGGAGAACUGUGUUGUAGAGUCAGACGUGGACUAUUUCAUUAAGACUAAAAUGACAGGAACACAACCUCCAGAUGCAAUAGGAUAUGAGAACUACUACAGCAGAGAACCAAACAGAAGCAACAGCAGCCCAGCCCAGACUUGUGGGAUGAUGAAGAGAUUCUCCGGAUUACUGCAUGGAAGCAGCAAAAACAACACAGAAAGUGCCACUCCUUCAGCCCCUCCUCUUGCAGAGAAAACAGAUGGAGUCUAUGCAUCCAUUUAUGUAAAUGAACAAGCUGGAAUCACAUCAUCACAGGACUACAGAGUACUCUAUGACUACACAGCCCAGAACAUGGAUGAACUGGACAUCAGUGAAGGAGACAUUGUAGUUGUCAUUGAAGAAAAUGAGGAUGGAUGGUGGACAGCAGAAAGGAAUGGGCAGCGAGGCUUUGUGCCAGGGUCUUACCUCGAAAAGCUUUGAUGAAAAGAAGCCCCAGUCGUCAGACUUUAAAAAUAUUCUAUUACUGAAAACAAACAGCACACAAGGUCUGCUUCAGCUGACCAAGGGCAACCCAUAAUACUGUCUUCUACAAUUACCAGUCAGGAGAUAAUCAACUGACCACGCUUUCCUCUUCCUUCCUCCUGCCCCAUCCCAGCACCUCCUGGCCUACACUGUCUGCAAAAACUGUCUUCACCUCAGAGAGGUUAGGACUUGUGUUUCUUACCACAGUUCUUCCUACCCUCAGCACACUGUGCUGCCAUCAGUGUUGCAAAGCUUGGCGAAUGUGGGUGGAAAAUCCUGCCCAGAACUUAACUGCACUAAAGGAAAAAGAUCAAGGAAACAAAUGCUGUUUCUCCAGGAUGGAGGCCCGCCUCCAGCCAGCCUGUAAGCCACCCUCAUGGUCACAGCAGCCAUGUUCUCUGCCAUGGAUCCCCUUCUCUCACUGCACAGGCCAUGCAGGCAUUUUUGACAGAGUGGUGGAAAGCACACUCAGAAAGCAGAUAGCUUUGAUGUUGCACGGUCUUAGCUGUGCAAAGCAAGGAAGAAGCUCUCUUAAGUUCCUUUUAACAGCUCCCUUUCAAGUUCCCCUUAUAGCAUGCGCUUAACCAGGGAGAAAGGUGGGGAACCCUCCAGUGUUCUUUAUCAGUGUCACUGAUGAAAAUACAAAAACCAAUGAAUGCAGCUAGAGAGGAACACUCGAAGGACCGAGACACAUCAGUAGUAAGAAAACAUCAGGCACUCCCUAUCAUGGCCAUCUCCUAAUACAACGAAAUCCAUGCUAUCCACGGCUCUGCUUUGCACUAGAUUCUGGGGCAGCAAAAUAAGGACAGACGAUGAGCCCAAGCAUUGCUUUUGCCUUGGUUGGAUGGUUUCCCUGACACCUCCCCGGGAUUUUUCAUGUUUAAAAAAACAGUGACAAAAACAACACAGAGCAGUGCUGCACUGCCCUGAUCCCUCUCCUCUGAGCACAAGAGAGAACUGCCAAUGACCUCCUCAUGCAAUCUGCAUACCUGUGUCAUCAGUGCAUUCUCCUUUCAACUCCUGUGUCCACCUGGCUAAUCCUUUCCUCCUCUUCUGCCCACAUGCCCUUCUGUCUGUGCUAUCUACAGACUUUGCACCUCUGGGAUUGCUGGCAUAGACAUGUCCUGGUUGCUUUCCAGGCACUUUUAGUGUGGUUGUUCUUCAACAAACCCUCUUCAAAGAAUUCACACUGUUCAGGUUCAUUGUAUUUCACAGAUUUCAGCUCUAUCCAUCUUUCUAGUUUAGUAUUUAAGAACGUUUCCAACUGCCACUGUACUUAGCAAAGGAUCAAUAGAUACCUUCUGCCACUCCUCCCUUUUCAGUAUUUUGAGAUGGUUAAAAAAAAAAAAAAAAAAUUGGUGAUUUAAUCUGAAGCAGAGCGCGCUAUUUCUGGGGGAAGAAUGGCCUUGUUUGCCAAGGUCUUAAAACUGAACCAAGUCAAUGAAAAUGCAUCAAAUUGCUACACAAAAGGGAGAGAGCAGGGAGGAACUGUUAGCUAAGACAUAGCAGGAAAGACAAAGAGAAAUCUAGACAGAAGAAAAAGCUGUAAUGGUCAAUGCAAUUAUUCCUUAAAUGAAACAGAAUUAAGGUCAGAGGCACUUACAGUACCUUAUUCUAAUUUCUUGCUUCAAGAAUGGAAUAAAAAUUGCUUCAAGCUCUUUUCUUUUAGUUCCCUGCAGUCCUUUGCACAGGCACACUUGUCCUUCCCACACUUCCCCAAGUUAUUAUGCAGCACAUCUGUGUGAGUGCUGAAGGGCUCUUAGUACCUCACAUUAGCACAGGCUCAGAGGAACUGCAGGAACUUGAACGGCAUUUAAGGCACUAGGUUGUAUGAAGUGUACCGCUGAAGAUGUUAACGACGGGUUUCUGUGACCACGUCUGAAUCGAACAGUAACAGAAAGAUGGUCCACAAUACCUUCAACUAGGCCUCUGCAGUGUAAAUGGUAGCUGUCAGAGACAACUACAACACCACUUAUUAUGUACAGCAUGAGAGGAAAUCUAAAGUAUGAGAGAUUUAAUAUAUUUGCUUCUUGAACA